AGAGUCCCGCCCGGCCCCCGCCGCCUCGGUCUCGCCUUCAGCCUCGGGCUGGCCCUGCUGGAGCCGGCGCUGGCCGAGCAGAGGCAGGCGGCCGAGGCCUGCAAGGACAUCCAGGGCUUCAAACUCGAAGAGUACUUCAUCGGCCAGCCCAUCGGCAAAGGCUGCUGCGCGGCCGUGUACGAAGCCGCCGUUCCUUUUGCCGCCUGUGGUGAGGAGAGCUGGGAGCCAGGAGCAGCGAAAGGGUCUUCUCGUCCUCCUCCUGAGGAUGACCCUCCGCCUCGCUUCCAGCCUUCACCGAGAGCACCUCGCCAGGCUAAUGGCUGGAGAGCCACCUACCCGUUGGCCAUCAAGAUGAUGUGGAACCUUUCGGCUGGCUCGUCAAGUGAAGGCAUCCUGCACGCCAUGUCCCAGGAGCUGGUUCCAGCCGGCGCCUCUGCCUUCUCGGGAGAAUUUGGAACCGUCACUUGUCCCAGGAAAUCCCUCUUUGGGAAGAAGCGGCUCAAGUCUCACCCAAAUAUCGUCCAGGUGGUCCGAGCAUUCACCUCCGAGAUGCCCCUGCUCCCUGGCGCCAUAGUCGACUAUCCGGAUGUCCUGCCUUCCACCCUGAAUCCCUCUGGAAUGGGGCACAGCCGCACCCUCUUCCUGGUGAUGAAGAACUACCCCUGCACCCUGCGCCAGUAUCUCCACGAGACGACACCAGACCCUCGUACGGCCGCCAUGAUGGUUCUGCAGUUGCUGGAAGGGGUGGACCAUCUCGUUCGGCAUGGAGUGGCCCACCGGGAUUUGAAGACGGACAACAUUCUGGUUGAAUUUGAUGCUGCGAGAUGCCCGGGGCUGGUCAUCACAGAUUUUGGCUGCUGCUUGGCUGACGAGAAGCUGGGCCUGAAGCUGCCCUUCCCCAGUUGGUAUGUGGAUCGCGGUGGCAACAGCUGCCUCAUGGCCCCAGAGGUGGCCACUGCUAUUCCCGGCCCAGGAGUUCUGAUAGACUACACCGGAGCGGACACAUGGGCGGUCGGGGCUGUGGCCUACGAGAUCCUUGGUGCCCGCAACCCUUUCUACGGCAGCGGGGAAGCGGCACUGGACAGCAGGCGCUACCGCGAUCAGGACCUGCCGCCCUUGCCGGAAACGGUGCCCCUGGAAGUGAGGAAGCUGGUCAAGAGGUUGCUCCGGCGAGAUCCCGCCACGCGGCUCUCCGCACGCCGGGCUGCCAACAUCCUUCAUCUCUGCCUUUGGGACGCAAAGGUUCUCCACUCGGAUGCCCUGAAACCGGACCGGAUGGUGGAUUGGCUGCUUCACCAGUCAGCGGCCACCUUGCUGACGGACCGGCUGGGAGAUGGGAGCAGGGUUGAAGCGAAGCUGAAGCGAUGCUUCUUGGCCAACCUGGACUACGACGAGCUCUUCCAGGCGGCCGCCCUGCUCCGUGCCUGGAGGAGCCCCAUCCCCCCAAGGCCUUAGGAGUCCCGCCGGGGCCUCGGCUGCUUCUUUGCAGGGGGCAUUUCCCCCUAAAAGCUCUUAAUUGGCUUGACCUCCCUUUCUUUGCUCUGAAUGACACACUUGGGGGGAGAAGCAGCUGCUCAGGCCGGGAGCCUCCUUGGUCCAGAGGUGGUUGGCGGGGGAGGCUCAGCUGCUUGUAGAGUGGGUCACGCCUUCAGACCUUGCAAAAACAUGUGUUGAUUUUAUUGUGUUGUCCUUGCUUCUAAACCAAGGAGAGAACUCUGGCUGCCCUUCUCUCCAUCUCUUGAGUUAGGUUGAAGAAGUAUUUUGUUUUGUGGAAGUAGGAGGUAAGAAGAGUCAGGUGAAAGCAGGCGGCGGCAGCGUACGACAGGCUGAUCGGCUUUGCCUUCUCCCCUCUCCCCCUUUCUAGAAGUUGAGACUUAGAGGGUCCCUGCUGGGUAAGGACAAAUUGAUGUGAUCAUUGAAAGCCUAUUUUCCCUGC